AUGGUUAUUAUCCGGAUAUGGCCGAUUUUAGCGUUUGAUUUAAUGUUGGCUCCAGUCGAUCCGUGCAGCAUCAUCGCAUUGUCGCUUCAAGGAGGCCGAGGCAGAUUCUGGGUCGUUGAAGCCGAUCUAUCUGGAGGUAUAAAAUUUCUGAAAUCACGCCGCGGGAAGAUAAUAAUGAUGGUGAACACGUUUCCGUUUUGCGAAGAAUCUAAAUUGAGGGAUAAGGUGAUAUGGCGGUGUACAUCGAAGAAGACUAACUGUAAGGCUCGAAUUCAUAUGCUGGGCUCUAGUGUGGUGGCCGUGAAGGGUAUGCACAAUCACCCGCCGCGCGCGCCUGCGCCGUGCUUGCCCACUCGCAGGUCCAGCGCACGCAAGCACCUCGACGCUCCCCCCCCACCGCAACAAAUGCUGCCUGUCGCUUCAAUGGAUCCACUAACGUUAUAGUCCUCCAAUAUCAAACGAACAAUUAUGUUAAUUUUUCAAUUAUUUAAUUCAAUUAUUGUAUUCUAAUAAGAUUAUGUGAUAGACAAACAAGACAAUACCUUGUUACUGCCCUUAUUAGAUAUAUACGAUCUACUGUUGAUGCAUUAAUAAGUUUUCUAAUGUUUUUUUAUAUUUCAAUUUCAUUCCAUAAUGUGUGAACGCUUGAUUUUUAGGAUUGGUAAAGAGGUUUAAUUAAUUAGUUUGCGUGUAGCAUUUGUAUUUCGAAUCUUUAAAAAAUUGGAAUUAAAUAAUAAAAUAGGCAUAUUAGUUAGAUACCUAUAAAACUAUAUAACGAUGUUGUGCUGAUUGGAUGUUAAAAUUUCAUUCCAUGACAAAUUGUGACUAACGAAAAUCGGUAAAAUUACAUAACAUUUUCAAUGAAAUAUAUUUAUGUAUUGUACCUUAAUAUUUUCAAGUCGGUGUUAUUUCGACAUAAAGAAAUAAUAACAGGCAUAGGUGACAGUGUGCGUGUACAACACGCUCUUAGUUUGCCACGUUGGUGCUUACGCAGCGGUUGAUAUAUUCAUAUUUUAUGUAAAUUUUAAGAUUUUGUGAUCAAUACUUUUUAAAAGUAUGAUUGAGUUUUUAUUGCUCAGUACAUACCUCGAUGAAUACCGUAUGUUUUGAAUUUGGUUAGUUUUUUUUUAUAUAUCAAAUUGUAAAGCAUAUUUUGAGUAGUAAAAACAUGGAAUUGCGAUAAGUGAAAAUAUGAGGAUUAUUCUAUACAUUGUUAAUUACACUUUUGAUCGUUUGACAUAGUUAGUUUUUAUACGUACUUAUGAUAUUAAUAUUAUGUACUUGAUUUGUAUCUCAAAAUCAAGCUCAAGUGCCUUUUUUGAAAGUGAAGGGACCAUUGUCAAUUUAUAUUAUCGAUAUACUAAAACAUUCCUUAUGUAAGUCUCCUCCAAUAUUUAGUGGGGCUUUAUAUUUUUUAUUAAUGUAUUUGUAAUUUUUUAUAACUUUAUAUUGAUUUAGUAUAAGGUCGUUAUAUUUUGUGAAAAGUAUUAAGUCUGUAAGAUUCAUUAAAUAAGUUUAAAUAUUUGUAGUUGUUUAGUUCUUUAAUUUAUUAACUUUCCGUAUUUAUGGAGAUAUUUCAAUAUGAUAAUUCAAGAUAUUGUGUUAUUUUCUGGAAAUAUAAUCUUUACUGCAAUGUUGUUACAUUAAUGUGUAUGUGAUUAUGUAAUUCGAUUAGUGUGCGUCGACUGAAAUAAUGACAAUUACAUUGGUAGGCUACAUUUGUAUGGCGGUGGCCUUUUAAAAGUACAAAAUCUUCAUAGGAUGAUUGGUGGAUGAUAAUGAAAACAUUUCUGGUUAUAGGUCGUUUGGUAAUCUUUUAGGCAUCAAACUUUUUUUCGUAAUAUUAGUUAUAAUAUAAAUUUGCAUAAAUUUAUAAUUUUGUAA